AUGGCUGCACCUUGGGCUGAUGAGCCUUUCACCCUUAUCUCUAUACCUGGCCGCGGUGUGGACCUCUCCAAAGUCCAUGGAUCCGUAUACGUCGCUCGAGAAAUGGCAUUUGCGCACAAUGGCAUGAUUCGAGCUCUAAACAGCAUCUAUCAGCAAUGCAUCCACGUCUCCGCCUCCAUCGACAUCGCCGACCUGCUGAAAUACGCACAAUUCUGGUGCCAAUGGAUUCGCGAGCAUCACCAAGGCGAGGAAGAUUUGUUUUUUCCUCAAAUAGAGAAGAUUACAGGUGAAAAGGGCCUGAUGGAGCGUAAUGUCGCUCAACAUCACGCUUUCGACUCCGGGCUGGCAGAGUUUGAGACAUGGUUGAAUAAUUGCAAACCCGAAAGCUACGACGGCAAGGAAAUGAGAGCUUCAAUCGACGGUUUCGGCAAGAUUUUGAGUCAGCAUCUCACAGAAGAGAUCCAGACGCUUCUGGAUCUAACAGCAUACGACGGGAAAGCUUUGAGGGACGCCUGGAACGUGUUCGAUCUGGAGAUGCGGAAAGGAGACAAGUCCAUCAUUUUUCCCAUCGUCUUUGGAAGUUCUGAUGGAGAGUUUGAAGGAGCGGGCGACUGGCCCGAAGUUCCCGGGCCGGUGAGGCUUCUUGUGCACUAUUGGUUUGAAAGGAAGCAUCAGGGUGCUUGGAGGUUCUCGCCAUCGACGACUUGGGGGGUCAAGCGUCCGUUGGCAUUUACUGGAGAUUCUAAGAGCUAA